AUGGCUUUAUUUUAUCUUGGUUGGGAUUUGUUGGCAUUGGAGGAAAGGGUACAUAUAUUGGAAAGGCGUAUAGAGAGAAGAAUUUUAAGAGAUUCGCAAGAUCCUUAUGAUCUUCCAAGAAAUGAGUUUUUGAAUAUGUUUCGAGUUAGUCCAGAAUUAGCUAUGGACUUAACUAAUGAAAUUCGUGACCAACUUCAACGAGAACGCAGUACAGGACUUCCAGAGGAAAUUCAAGUAUUAGUAGUUAUAAAUUUCUACGCAAAAGGUGGUUAUCAGCGAGCAACGGGAGAUAAUUUUGUGGUGAACGUGAGUCAGCCCUCAGUCAGCAGGUGCAUUCACAGUGUAACAGAUGCUAUAAAUACAAAACUGUUGAGGCGUUGGGUUCGUUUUCCAAUGACAGCAAUUGAAAGGGACAAGGCUCGAGAAAAGUUUUCAAAUGCCCCACAAGCGUUUGAAGGUGCUAUUGGUGCUGUUGACUGCACACAUAUAAAUAUUCUUGCCCCAAAGAAUCAUGAAGAAGCAUACGUGAAUCAUCAUGGGAACCAUUCUCUUAAUGUUCAAGCGGUAGUUGAUCCAGAGUCAAACAUUUUAAAUAUUAACGCCAGAUUCCCAGGUGCAAGAAAUGAUUCUUACAUAUGGAGUGUUUCUCCUAUACGAAGGGCUAUGGAAUUUCAUUACAAUAGGGGUGAUGCUGGUUAUCCUCUUGAGCCUUGGCUUUUAACACCACUAACACGUUAUCCAGAAGGGACACGACAGUAUCAAUAUACAAAAAAACACUGCAAAGCAAGGAAUAUUGUGGAAAGAUUUUUCGGUGUAUUCAAAAGUAUGUGGAGAUGUCUCUCAUAUCAACGUGUUUUGAUGUAUGCGCCUGAAACUGCUGGGAAAAAUUAUUGUAUUGAACAAGAACCAGUUGGAAGAAAUAAUAGAAUAAACGAAAAUAAUGAAAUUGAAGAUAGAAGAGGGCCAAGGGUGGUUGCAAUGAGAAUACAAAAACAGUUAAUGGCAAACUGGUUCCCUAAUUAUGUCGAUGGUGAUCAAUAA